AUGAGGAGUCUGCUGGCACUGCUGAUCGUGACUCUGGCCCUGGCAACGCUCUGCUGUUGUGAGAAAGAUCCAAAAGACCCCUCAGGAUCUCCCAGCACUGACAGCAUCAAGAUUAAAAAAGAAGUUGCCAACGCCUUUGUGAAGAGGCAGAAGAGAUUCAGCCAGCAUGAAUGGUACACUGAGCAUUACAAAGCUCCAAUGGAGCAGAUGCAUGAGCGUUGUGAAAACUACCCGCCCUGUGUCUAUCUCUCUAACCAAAUAGGAUUUUCCAUGGCCUACUACCGUCUUUUUGGGAGAUACUAG